AUGAUGAAAAUUUUCAGUGCAAUUGAUAAAAUAGAUAUUUUUGGUGUUCCAAUUCCUUUGUUAACUUAGACAAAUGAUUACAAAUAUCAAAGUAAAAUCGGAGGAAUUCUUUCAAUUCUAUUAGCAAGUAUAAGUUUAACUUACUUUUUUUAUAUUGUUGUGUAAUGGAGUAAUAAUUUGAUUUCUCCUAAUGUAAGUUCUAAGUAGAAAAUAAUUAAUUACACAGAAUUCUCAUUCUCAGAACCUUUAAUUGAAAUAAAUUUAUAAGAUUUCACCAAUGACAUUGAUCCUUUUAGGAAAACUAAUAACAUAAUUACUCCACUUUUGUAUACAAUAAUAAAUUCAACCAUAAUCAACUAAUCCAUACCCUUGUUUAGCACUUCAGAGUCUCCAUAUCAAAUAUCAUUAUCAAAUGGUUCCUUAGUACUUAAUAAUAUUGAUUAAAAUGAAAUGAAUAAUUUGGAUAUGAAGUAAUACUUAAUUGUACUAACAUAAUGUUCAAAUAGUUCAUUAUUGUAAGGAGGUUACUGUGCUGACGAAAAUGUUAUCAGAGAAUAUUUAUAAAAAUAUCAUGGGUUUUUAUUCUUAACAAUAAGAUUGAGUCAAUUAAAUUAUGUGACAAGAGAAUUAGAGAUAAUAAGAAAGUAAUAUUAUACAAGUCUAGAUACUAAAAAUCCAAUAUAUUCAUAAAUAAUGUUAAAACAAUAAGAAACCAUAAUUGAUGAUGGUAUUUUGUUUAACAAUUAUUAACGAUACAAUUUUUUGAAUAAUUAUGAAAUGAUUAACUAACAAAUUGACAAUUCCUUUGCUUCAAGAGUAUUUACUUAUAUGUCUGAGACUCCCUUAAGCUUAGAUAAUUAUGGUUGCUAUUUAUUUAGAAUAGAUAAUAUCUCUGUUGUGGAAGAAGUUACAAUGCCAAAAUUGGGUUAAAUUUUAGCAUAAAUAGGAUCAAUUGUACAAUUACUAUUUUUAUUGAAAUAUGUAGCAUUAUAUUAUAAUACACAAUCACUUGAAAAUGAAUUACUUCAUGAUAUAAUAGCUAUGUAUUAUCCAGAUUUAAAAGGAAUUACUUUAAAGAAUUUCAUUAAAAAAUAAUAUUCUUAAGAAUAAAAUACCAAAAAAUAAUAAUAAUCUAUUGAAUAUUUCAAUUCCAUUCAAAAAAAUUUACUUCAGAAAGCCAAACAAAAAUGUAGACUUAAUAACAUAAUUUAUGAAAUAUCAAGAAUAUAAUUUAUUAUUUAAUAAUAAUUUGGAAUUUAAAUUUUAACAGCUAGUCACUAAUUUGGAGAAAAAGUAGAAAAUUAUUUAUUAACACCACCAAUAGAAAAAGAAACAAAUAGAUUAUUCAUCAAACCUAUAGAUUCAAUUGAUCUGGAAUAAUUAAAAAUUAAUAGGGAUCCUUUAGAAUUUUUAAUAAAAUAAUCAUGA